GGUCGAGGUGGUUACUAUAUAAGCUGUGAGUCGAGCAGCAGGCAUCAACAGUCGCUUAUUCUCGACUCUCCCGCACUCAACCUGCAACAUGAGGACCUUCGUGAUUUUUGCUCUGCUGGCUGUGGCGGCGGCAGACAAGAGGCCGCUCACUACCUAUGGAGCACCAGGUCCUGCACCUCGCCAAGCCGCCGGACCCCAGAUUGCUAUCAUCCGCGACGACAGAGUUCACCCUGACGCUCAAGGCCUGUACUCUUUGGACUUGGAGACCGAAGAUGGCAUUAAGAGGCAGGAGUCUGGUGGCCCCGGCGGCAGCCAGCAGGGCUCUGUCAGCUUCACUUUCCCCGACGGACAAGUGUUCGACCUGACGUUCGUCGCCGACGCUGGCGGCUACCAGCCCCAGUCCUCCUUCCUGCCAGUGGCUCCUGAGUUCCCCCACCCAAUCCCCCAGUUCGUACUGGACCAGAUCGCCUUCGCCGCUCAGGAGGACGCUGCCCGCGCCAGAGGAGAGAGCAGGGGUCCCUCUGCCAGUUACGGUGCUCCCCAGUAACAACCUCGUCUUCCAUUUCCACCCCACUUCGCUCUCCAUCACUACAGACACGGCUCGUGGGGAAUUCCUGCAGAUAUUGUGAAUAUCAGGAUUCCCUCCAGUUACACUUUUAGCUGUAAUGGUGUGUGUCGUCAUCAUAUGUAUGUUCAUAGCCAGAAUGUAUUAAUUUAGUAAUUCAUUAUUUAUAUUAUAAUGUGAUAUGUAUAUUUAAUGAACUAUAUACAUUAUCAGAAAUCUCGUUCAUCCCUUGUCGUCAAAGAUAUAGUGGAUUAAAAUGUAAAGUUAUGCCAAAAUAACUUCACUUUAAAUAAAUAAAGUGAUAAGAUUAUUUUAUCACAAAGCAAUACAAA